AUGGCUGCAGCUGACAUUGCAUUCUUGCCAAACGGUUCGGAAGGCACCCGGGCGCGAUGGAAGUACUUAGACAAGGUCCUAGAUAGACCAGGACCUUUCACGGACCCGGAUAGCUUUGUGCCAGGUAACCAUGAGACUUUGGAGAGGGCGAAAGUACUCGGAGCUGGCGGCUUAGGAUGUGAAAUUCUUAAGAAUCUAGCCCUCUCUGGCUUCAAGGAUAUUCAUGUCAUCGACAUGGACACGAUCGAUGUGUCCAACCUUAACCGCCAAUUCCUGUUCCGUGCUGCUGAUGUAGGGAAAUACAAAGCCGAAGUCGCUGCAGCUUUUGUGGAGAAGCGCGUAAAAGGCGUUCAGAUUACGCCUUACUGCGGCAAGAUCCAGGACAAGGAUGAAGAAUACUACAAGCAAUUUGCCCUCAUUGUCUGUGGUCUAGACAGCAUCGAGGCACGACGGUGGAUCAAUUCGAUGCUCGUCGGUAUGGUGGAUGGAAACGACCCAGAUAGCCUGAAGCCGCUGAUUGAUGGUGGUACCGAGGGCUUCAAGGGUCAGGCGAGGGUAAUAUUUCCUACUAUGACCAGCUGCAUUGAGUGCCAGUUGGACAUGCACGCUCCGCGUGCUGCAGUUCCUCUUUGCACACUUGCCACUAUCCCCCGUCAACCACAGCACUGCAUCGAGUGGGCGCACAUCAUCGCUUGGGAAGAAGAGCGCAAGGAGAUCACCUUGGACACCGACGACCCAGAGCACAUUACAUGGCUUUUCCAGAAAGCCUCGAAGCGCGCAGAAGAGUUCAACAUUCCCGGAGUCACAUACAGUAUGACGCAAGGCGUAGUCAAGAAUAUCAUUCCGGCAAUCGCGUCCACGAAUGCCAUUGUAGCAGCCAGCUGCUGCAACGAGGCCUUCAAGCUCCUCACUAACGCGAACCCCUUCCUCGGGUUCCCUGGCACAGACAACUACAUGAUGUACACUGGCGAUGAGUCUGUGUACACUUAUACUUUCGAGCACCAGAAGAAAGAUGACUGUCCUGUAUGUGGCGAGGAAGCCCUGGCGCGUCCGCUAGAGAUUGAUCCUGAGGCGACGCUGCAGGAAUUUGUAGACAGCUUGGCGGAGCGUCCGGAGGCACAACUCAAGACCCCAUCGAUAAGGACCACGGAGAAGUCGCUGUACAUACAGUCAGCGGCGGACUAUGAGCGCAUGACGCGACCGAAUCUAGAGAAGAAGAUGAAAGACUUGACGGCUGAAGGGGAGGAGAUGCUGGUUUCGGACAAGGCAUUUCCAACGAUGUUCAAAUACGUCGUGGUGUGGAAGAGAUAG